AUGAAUAAAAAUUUGAUUAAAAUUAAAUAUAAUGAAGAAAUUGUCCCUAAUUAAUCAACAAAAGAAGUGCAAAAAAAUUUUUAGAACACUGAAUAAAUGAUUAUCACAGAUAUACGGUCAAGUAAAUUGAUUGAAAAAAUAUUUAAGGAAAAACCAAAUUGUUUAUUUCUGUCGUUUUUAGCCCAAAUAUAAAUCCAAUUGUGCGUUAGUAGUAGGAUUAAAUUAAAAAAACAUUAGCAAAAAGCAAUAAGAACAUUUGUAGGACCAAUAAUGAAAUAAAUAACAAAUUUGAGAGUAUUAAGGUAUGUAUGAUAAGCAAAAUUUAAGCACUUAACAAAAACACAUCUGGAAUUUUUAGUACAAAAACAUGAUAGAAGAAACUAAAAUCUUUAGUCAAUUAAGUUUGAUAUUUAAUUAAAAAAUAAAAUUUAUAAUGAAAUUUUGAUACUGACCUUAGUUAGGAGGAAAUAAGUUUUAAUAAAUACAAGUGGCCAUAGAUUCAAAAUUUAUAUGUGA